AUGAACAAUUCCCAGGAUGCAGUUGUUCCAGAGCCAAAUUCGCCUCCUCAAAGUGCCAUGCAGCAGUCCGAACGGUCUCGUACCAAGAAGUGGGCACCGAAGACGUUCAACGGGUGUCUCACGUGCAAAAAGAGACGCAUCAAGUGUGACGAAGGGAAACCCUUCUGCCAAAGGUGUUUAAAAUCAAACUUCGAAUGCGGUGGCUACGCACCACCCAAGAUACGCCUGUUCGAACCCACCGGCAUCUCCUCUCCCUCGUCGUCCUCGGCAGGGCCCUCGUCGAUAGCUCCUUCUCCUCUGCCCGGUAUUCCAACCACCAGUCCUCCUCCCGAGAACCCUCAGCUCCAUUCGUACCUGAACUCAUACCCGCAUCCGCAAGAGCUAGCGUUAGUUCCCAGCUUUGGCACCGAGGACGAAUACCGCUCGUUCCAGUUCUUCAUCGAAAAGACGGCGAGCCUGAUCUCGGUCUACUCGCAGCCUUAUCUGUGGACCGUGGUGCUUCCACAGGCUACUUGGCAGCAAGCUGCCAUCAAGCACUCUGUUAUAGCCCUGGCUAAUCUGCACCAGUCGCUCACGGCGUCAUCAGGGGCUGCUGGUGGCUCGCCGACGCAAGCAGGCCACGACUCCGUGGUGACGCACUACAACGCCGCGAUCCGGGCGCUGCUCACACAGAAGCCGCCGAUCGACGUCGUGUUGGUGUCGUGCGUCAUCUUCUGGUCCCUGGAGAAUUUCAACGGCAGCGAGAAAGCCGCGUUCGACCACAUGAAGGCCGCCAUCAAGAUCCUGGGCGAGUGGAAAACCAACAAGCGCCGCCGCCGCGCCGACGACCCCGCUCACGAUCUUAUCUCGACGUAUAUCGAGCCCACCAUAAGAGACGUGGUCAGGUUUGCGCCGGUGGCUCGUCUGGAAGAGCUCGAGGGCCAGAUCAAGUCGGUAGGGCUCAGUUCACAAGACGUGCGCGUCAUAAACCACGGUCUGGGCCAAUCGUUUGAAACGCUCAAGGACGCAAGCACGUACCUGUCCGAAGGCAUCGCGGACAUUUUGAGUUUGAUGGCACUGGCUUCGUCCAUGGACCACGAAGGAGCUGAUGUACCACCGGAAAAUGUGGUAGAAUCCGUCAACGAGCUCGACGCGAAGCUGUACAAGUGGAUCAACCUCUUCCAGAAACUCACCUCGACCGGUCCGGUGCGUGCGAGGCGGAUGCUCGUGGUGCAUCAUGUUUCCGCAUACAUACUGCUGGACCUGGCCAAGGACCAACUCGGCAUGUCUGAGGAGGAAGUUCCGCAGCAGCUUCCUCGCUGCCGAUGGAGUUUCAUCGUCAACGAGGUUGAAGACAUGCUCAAGCACGGCCAAGGCCCCGUCCAAAAAGACAAAUGCAGUCGUCUGUUCGCGAGUUUGGGGAUCAUCCCGCCCAUGUUCCUAGCCGCGACGUCUGCGCCGAAUGCGGAAAUCCGAAGACGUGCAACCAAUGCCAUCAGAUUGAUGAGCGUGGCCGCCGAAGGACCGUGGAAUUCAGAGGUCGCCGCGAAGAUUGCCGAUGCCAUGCUCGAGAUUCUAUCGAUGCAGCGGUCACUUGCCCCGUCGGACGUCACGCUCAAACAGAUGAGGUUUGGCGUGGACACGAGAAGAUCGAGGUUGUAUCUGCGAUGGAACGGAGAGAAUCAUCACGUUGAUAAAGAGAUGGAAAUUGAUGAAAUUCGGCCGGUGGAUCCGAAACUGCCCGAAGUGAUCCAGCAUUUCGGAUAUUGUGUGAAAGAUUAA